GCGUUAUCCUGAACCUCAUUCUGCUACGUGUGUUGGGAACACCGACAUUACCGAUCACGUGGCUUUGACUUCAGAUUUCAUCUCUAAAGAUGUGAUUGACAUUGUUCACACUGAUCCUUCUCUUAAAGUGCAUACUAUCAUUGAGAUGCUGACGGAAAAGUAUGGGUAUACGGUAUCAUACCGGAGAACAUGGAUGGGGAAGCAAAAGGCCAUAGCAGAAAUAUUUGGCGGUUGGGAAAAGUCAUAUUCUGAAUUGCCCCGUUUCAUGACAGCGCUCCAACAUUCAAAUCCUGGAACUAUUGUGCAGUGGUACCCACCCCCUAAUACUCCCACAGGUUAUAUGCAGUUUCAAAGAGUUUUUUGGGCAUUCAAGGCAUAAAUACAUGGUUUUAAGCAUUGUCGACCCGUACUUACUAUUAAUGGCACACACUUGUAUGGAAAGUACAAGGGUACAUUGCUCGUGGCCAUGGGUUGUGAUGCGAACAACCAAAUAUUUCCAGUGGCCUUUGCAGUUGUUGAAUAUGAGAAUGGGGAUAGUUGGCCAUGGUUAAUGGCAUGUAUUAGGCAGUUUGUCACUAAUAGAGAGUUGUGUGUCAUUUCUGAUUGGCAUGGAGGUAUUGUCAGGGCAAUGAAUGAGGUGGGCAGUACUUGGGAGGAGCCUUAUGCGCAUCAUAGGCUAUGUAUCUGCCAUCUUGCAUCGAAUAUGCACACUCAUUUCAAAGACAUUCAUCUAAAAAAUCUUUUUGCCUAGACCGCAGACAAAAAGAUUAACCAUGGUUAAACCCAGCAGUAGAUCGGUAUCUUGCGAUGUACGCUACGUCAGGGAAAGAGGGUUGAACCCGGAUGAUCGACCUGAUAUCCUAUGUAGGAUAUUCAAAAUUAAGCUCAACCAACUCAUCAAGGAUUUAAAACAAAAUAAGUUAUUUGGAAAAGUGAAAGCAGUCAUUUACACAGUGGAGUUUCAGAAGCGAGGACUGCUACAUGCACAUAUAGUAUUGUGGGUUUAUGAAAAAGAACGAUAUGUCUUGGCCACAUAUAUCGAUAAGAUAAUCUCAGCUGAGAUCCCGGAUGAGAAAUGUGACCCAGAAUAUUACACCAUGGUGAAGGAGCUAAUGAUACAUGGCCCGUGUGGAUUGUUGAACAAAAAAUCAUCAUGCAUGGUUGGGAAUCGUUGCACUAAAUACUUCCCGAAGAAGUUUGUACGACAAACGACCAUCGAUAAAAGCGGUUUUCCACUCUAUAGAAGAAGAUAGAAUGGUAGAACUGUGGCAAAAGGCGACAUUCUUCUUGACAAUAGAUUCGUUAUUCCGCAUAACCGUAUGUUAUUACUGAAGUAUGGUGCCCACAUCAAUGUUGAAUGGUGUAAUCGGACACGUUCAAUAAAGUAUCUCUUCA